AUGCCGUGCAAGUGUGGUGAGUUGGGUUUUCUUUUGGGCUAAAUUUAUGUGAAUUUUUUGAAACGUAAUUUUUGCGGCUAGUUUUUUUGAUUGAGUUGAAAACGAUAGUAAUAAUAAAACAAAAAUACCAAAAUUUCUCAUAGAACUUUUAAAACAGUGAUUUUUACCGGAAAAAUAUUUGAUUUUACAUACAAAAACUAAUUUUAUCUCAUAAUUGCGGCUCUCUUUAUGAAUUAAAUUUUUUUCCUACUCGAUACGAAAAACCAAGAACUACAAAAAUCCCGAAAACCUUGGACAAAAUUUGAAACAGUAGAUUAUUUUUUGAGAAAAAUUUUUUUUCGGGAAAAUCUACUGUUUCAAAAUUUUCUGAUAUUUUUGAGAAGUUUUCGAGAUUUGGUACCGAUCGGCUUGUGAUUUCCUAACAAAUUUUAUGAAAAACUUUACUGUUUCAUAAUUUUAUGAUAAUUUUUGCUUUAUUUUUCACAACGAUUAUUUGCUAGUAUCUUGUGAUGAAAGUUCCCGAAUUUUUCAACUCAAAAAAAUUCACUGUUUCAAAAUUAUUUGAAAAUUUUUAUGAAAUAUUUCGAAGUUGAUCAGUAAAGGGCAAUGAUCAAAACUUCUAGAAAAAUAAUUUAUUUAUAGACUUCGAAAAAUUUACUGUUUCAAAAACUACAUAAAGUCUAAGCAGCCGAUUUGGGCUCAAUUCCUUAAGCUUUUGGAACUAAAUUCAGUUUUCAAGAUAGAAAAUAUUCACUGUUUCAAAAAUUCUUGAUUUUUCAACUUUUCAGUUCAAUUUUAGUAUAUUAAGGACACGGAAUGCUUUUUUAAAAUAAUUAACUGUUUCAAAAAUUCUCAAAUUGUUCUAGUUUUCAUUUCGAAUUAAUAUUAAUGCAGUCAUCACCACGAUGUAGAAAGCAUUUUUUCACUGUUUCAAAAAUUUCUGAUAAUUUUUCUUAGAUCAUUGACAAAAUGUUCCAAAAAUUUUGUGAGGAACUUGCCAAAAAAUAUACAAAAUCAAAAUUUGUUUGAUUAAAAAAUUUACUGUUUCACAAAUUUUUUAUAGUUUUUGGAAAUUCUUAAAGUUCAUUAUAAAUCUUGCAAACGUUUGGAAACAAUAAAAAAAAAUCACUGUUUCAACAAUUUUUUUCGAAAUACUCUGAAUUCUAAUUUCACAAAUUUUAAUCAAAAAUCAAGUUUUUCAAUUUCCAAAAAUUUCACUGUUUCAAAUAAUUCUCAUAAAUUCUGACCAAUUGGUUUUCGAUGGUUUCGAAUUCGAUGGUUUCUUCGAUAUUUAUUUUCCAAAAAAAAAAAUCACUGUUUCAAAAAUUUUAUAUUUUUCGAAAUAUUCGGAAAAAUUAAUUUCUAUCUGCUUGGUAGUUUCACAAAUUUCAUUCAAAAAAUUCCGAAAAAAAAUCAACUGUUUCAAUUCCACAAAAAUUCACUGUUUCAAAAAAUUCUUUUAAAUUUUCAUAAAUUCUUUGACACAUUUUGCAUUAGAUCUUUUUUCCAUAAAUAUUUUUCAAAAAAAUCACUGUUUCAAAAAUUUUAUAUUUUUCGAAAUAUUCGGGAAAACUAAUUUCCAAAGUUUAAUUCAGAAACUCAACAAAAAUCAACUUUUUCACUUCCCCAAAAAUUCACUGUUUCAAAGAAUUCUCAUAAAUUCUGAUCAAUUUUUCCAAAUACUAAAUGUACUCUCCUUAUUUCCAGAUAAAAAUAAAAUAAAUCAAAAAUCUGAUUUUUGUUUCAGAAAAUCAACUUUGUGAUUGCGGUGACGCCUGUCAAUGUACUCCUGAAAAUUGUUGUUGCGGGACAUCGAAACAAUCUGAAAAUCCAGAAAAACCAAUAAAAUCUUGUUGUUCAUCAGCUCAAAAAGUGACUUUGGUCAAGCCAAAAUGUGGUGAGUUAUUGUAUCUGAGAAGAGUACUGUAGCUACAUACAGUACCCCUCAAAAAACUAUUGAUUUUUUUCAAAUUUCUAUUUUUCAGCUUGCUGUGGUGACAACUGCAAAUGCGAUCCAUGUAACUGUAAAUAA